UACGUGUACCAGUAAAUCAGUUGAUGCAGUUAUUAGAUAGGAUUAUUUUGGUUUCUGAAGAUACAUGCAUUCCUAGAGAUUUAGAAUCUCGUGCCAUCUUGACGAUAUUUCCCGCUAUACAGAAUGCUGCAUGUACUCUCUUGGAAACAAUGCUUUUAAAUUUCCCUACAGAAAUGGAAACUAUAGCACAAUACAUUACAAAAUUAUUUGAUGGAUUGCUCCUAGCUUCAAGAACAAAUCCUGUGACAAGGCAUCAACUAAGCCAAAUACGAUCUUCUACUUGGAAGGUUUUAAAUCUGUGGAUUGUUCAAUAUGGAGUGAAUGGUGUAUUAUAUAUUUUACAAGGAAACAUUUUAGAUGAAUUACGUAUGGAUAUAGACAUAAGAGAACUGCCUGCUGAGGCCACAGAAUCCGUAAAGAAUCAGAAAGUGUGCCUAGAUACUUACAGUGUUAAAAGUCCUGUUGGAGCUUGGACGGUAUCUUCAUGUUGUGAAGCACUUGGAGUUUUCAGAGACAUGUUUUACGUUGGAAUGCCUUUCCUAGAACAAGCAAUAGUAGAGAAUAUUACAGCAGAUGUCAUUUUAAUAUUGUGUAAAAUACAGAAUUCCAAAGAUUUUCCAUUUCCUUAUGGAAAUGUGGAUUGCCGAAGACAGAUAUAUGAAGUUUUACUAGCUAUUGUAAUUUCUCAAGGACCUCAUCAAUCAUUUGCUCUUAGACAUUCUGUUGGAAUGUUUAAUAGAGGCUUAAAGGACCCAAGUUUUCAGAUAGUACGCAUCUGUCAGCAAGGUAUUGCUCACUGUAAAAAUAUUUUGCAUCCAAAGAAGCAUACUCUACCUGGAAUUCAGCAAGCAAGUGAGCAAAGAGCAGAUGAAGAAUGGCAAAGGAAUGCAUGGGGUUCCCAGAUUCCUUGGGCUUUAGAAGAAAAUCAGUUGGAGCAAGAUGUGCCAAAUGUUUCACAAACUGUUGAAAUUGGUCCUUCCUACCAUGGAAAUAGUGAAGCCGACUUGCAUGUAGCAGAAUCAUAUUCAUCAACAGGUUAUAACGAACAUAUUUCAGAAGGUCAAGUUAAUGGUGAAAGUGAGGUUGUUGUGCCCAAAUUUCAGAAUUGGAGGCAAGAUGAAGAAGAAGAAAUGAUCGUGGAAAAGAAAAUUUUCAAAGAUGUUUCUGAAAAAGUGUCUUCUGAAGCAAAACCGGCAUAUUCAUAUUCUGAGCCUAUGCCAGUUGUACAAGAAGUCGAAGUUGCACAGAAUUCGUUCAAUGAACAAUCGGUUGAAGAAAAGAUGGAAUGUGAUACACUUCAAAUUGUGGAGAAAAAUCAGCCUGGAAAAGAAUUAAAUGAAGAGGUUUGUCAAAAUGGAGAUGUUGUAGUGUCUGAUGAAGAAAUGUCUCAAAUUCCAAUUGCAAAAACUGAAAAUGGCGAGUGCUCUGUAUCUUCAUCUGAAGAGAAUUCAGAAGAGGAAGAAGAAGAAGUAGAAGAAGAGGAGUAUGAAGAAGCAGAAUCAGUUGAAGAUUCCCCAGUGAAGAAGUUACAAAUAUCUAGCGAAGAUUUGGAGAGUGAUGAUGGGAAUCCUCCUCCUCAGUCUGAUUCAGUUCAUGAAGAAGUUGAAGCUGAUGAAGUUGAGCAUGAAGCGGAACCUCAAGCUGAUUUACCAGAACUUGUUGAAACAGAAGACAAACCUCCUUCAUCUCCGUCACUCAAACAAAUGUGUGAUACAUUCGUGCUUUGUGAAAAUAAAGAUGCCAGCUGAAAAUGGCAUUUUCUGUCGAAAUAUGCAUUUCCCAUUUUUAAGAACUGAAACAUAUGUAGAUUUCAUUCUGUUGUCAUGAAGAUAAAAUCUUUGUGUAUAUCAUUGCAUAUAUUUUUCAUUCAAUCUUUAUUUUACAUGGCAUCCCAUCUCCAUGAAUGCACACUGGCAUUCAUUUAUGAGCAUUUUUUCAAAUUGUUUUAUAUACUCUAUAUAAAUAUGUACAUUUUUAUAUUGAAAGAAAUCAUCACAUGAUGUUAUGCAAUAUUGUAAGAUGUUUUCAUUGAAACAUUUUCCUUUGGGGCAAUUUCAUCAUAACAGGUUAUCGUUUUUGCAGAAGAAAAUGUCCCUGCAGCUUUAAAAUAGCUUUAAAUAUUUAUCUGAAAUACAGUUGUACAUUGCAUGUGAUUAAAGAAACUAAAUAAAUAUAGGACUUUGAAAAAAAAAUAUUUUAUUUUAGUAAUUAUAAAUUAAAAAUGAUAUCAAACACUUGGUAAUUUGUUAGUCUGUUACAGUAAUUUUAAAUUUAUAAUUAUUGAAAUGGAAUUUUUUUUAGGGGACUAAACCAUAUUCAUUUAAUUUUUGUCAUCACAUGCAGUGUGCAAUCACAUUUGAGGUAAAUAUUAAAUAUUGUUUUAAAGCUGUACAGACAUUUUUUCCCCCAGACUUACCGUUUGGAUUGAAUUGCCCUACGCUGUAUUGUGAGAUUUAGAAAAGAAUAUUUUUAGUAAUUGGUUUAUAUACAUAUUUUCAAAACCAUUAUGGCAAUAAUGAGUGAUCGACUACUAUCUAAUUUUGCAUUGAACUAUCUCUCAUCAAAAUAUAUAAAAAAAAAAUUAUUGUUUUUAUUAUCAUUAUUUAUAUUUCUUUGGAAAUAAAUACAAAAAUGAUCUUAACGUAUCAAUAAAUUUUGCUUGUAUUGCAGUUGUGAGAAGUAUGAGUAUUUUUCUGCUAAACUAAGAAGAUGAGUAAGGGAUUGCUUAUGGGUGGUUAAACUUUUAAAAUGUUUUUUUUAUUUAUUGAUAUUAACAAGAGAGUUUUCCCCCUACAUUUUUAACUGAUUGAAUAAUUCAGUUGGAAAUAAUUUUUGAUUGCAUGUUUAAAUUUUUAAACAGAAAUUUUGUUUUUUAUCAUUAUUAUCCAUUCCCCCCCCCCCCCCUUUCUGGCAAGAGGCGCUCCUAAACAAAAAAAACUUCCCUACUUUGAUCUUUAGAGACAUAUUUAUUAUUGAUUUUUUAAAGGCUUUCACAACACACAGUGUAACACAACCUUUGUUUUGUAUCAUCCUAAGAAUGGUAAGGAAGAUAUUUAUGAAAAGAAAAAAGUAUUUCAAAAGAAUAUGAUGUAUAUUAAAGAUUGUUUAAGCUUUCUUUUGACUUUUUGUGGUAGUAAAAGUAAAAUAUUUUUGGAUAAAUUAGAAUUAAAUUAUUUUUUUUAUAACAUUUUUGCAAAUAAUGUUCAA